AUGACGCCAUCGAGCCUGAGAAUCUUGAACAAGCUCGCGUUCGGGAUCCCUCACGGACUGUCGAAAGCGGCUGAAGGUCGAAGCCUGCUGACGCGGUUCGACGAUGAGCAAUUGAUUCCGUCAGAGCAUCCAUCAAAAGCUGAGAGCCUGAGCAGAAGAGUCCUCUGGCUGCUCAGAUGGCAGGGCCUCCGACUGGGACCGAUGGCAGAGACGGGGAUUCCGCUGUUCGUGAUCGGCUGCCUGCUCAUGGUUAUCCUGCUUCCGCUGAGCUUCGUCACUCUGGACUAUACUGAAUACGGCCUCGUGCAAAGGCGCUCCACCGGAAAGGUCUACCUGAACAAACCCGUCUACUACGGCGGGCGCCACUUCCUGGGCCCGGACAUCAAAUUCCGGAAGUUCCCCGCGGACGCCCAGUUCAUCCAGCUGCUGCAAAUCGACGCCGUGUCCGCGGACAAGCUGGACACCAUCAUCGACGUCGAAUUCGCCUUCUUCCUGGUUCGCAACGAGGUCGUCGCUCUCAAAAUAGAACUGGACCAAAGCUACGAGCAAGUGAUUCGCAACACGGCCCUCGCGGCAAUCAAAAACACGGCGGUCACGUUCAACACCGCGGACUACUUUCUCAACCGGACGCUCAUCGAGGCCAGCUUCUUCAAGGCGGUUAGCGGCGCGGUUAGGCCGUACCACGCGGUGGUUCCGUUCAUCUUCAUGUCCGGGGUCACGAUUCCGGCGCAGGUCAGCGGAAAGCAGCUGGCGACCGCGAUCCAGCUGCAGAGCAACCAGCAGCAGAUCUACGCGAGCCAGGCCGCGGUUAUCCGGGCAACGACUAACCAGCUCGUUAACCAGAUCGCGAACAACGCGACGUUCCUGAUCCAAGCCGCGAGCGCGCAAGCCGCGCAGAUCGUGCAGAACGCGCAGACGAACGCGACGAACACGGUCCAGGAGGCGCGCCGCUCGGGUUUGGCGUACUACUACUCCACGGUUAACAUAACCCUGCCGAAGCACAAGGCGUCGCUGGACUACAUCACGACUCUGCAGCAGGCGGCGGGGGCUGCGCAGCUUCACAUCGGUUAUCAAACCAAGAUCGUGACCACGUAA